AUGGCCCAGAAGACGACGUUUACCCUCGCGGGCCGCGAGUGGCCCCGGGUUAAGUGGUGGCAGAACAGCAACAUGCGCACGCUCUAUUUCACCCUCUGGGCUGCCAUGCUGACCUCGGCCACCAACGGCUACGACGGUUCACUGAUGAACGGUCUGGAGUCCAUCCAGGCCUGGCUUGACGCCUUCAACAACCCCAGCCAUGCCACGCUCGGCCUGAUUACCGCCUCCAUGUCUAUUGGUUCUAUGCUCGCUAUUCCGUUCGUGCCCUACGCUGCUGAUCUGCUCGGUCGCCGCACUGGUGUCGUCAUUGGCUGCUCCAUUAUGAUUGUCGGCGUCGCCCUCAUUUGCAUCGGUUUCCACGUCGCCCUCUUCAUUGUCGGCCGUCUCAUUCUCGGUUUCGGCAUUGCCAUUGCCCACGGAUCCGCGCCGCUGCUCAUCACGGAGGUCGUCCACCCCCAGCACCGCGCCAUCUACUCCACCAUCUACAACACCCUGUGGUACCUGGGCUCCCUCGUCGGCUCGUGGGUCGCCUUCGGCACCCACAAGCUGGGCAACCAGUGGGCUUGGCGUGUGCCCGUCCUGCUGCAGGCCAUCCCCUCGCUCGUCCAGAUUAUCAUGAUCUGGACCGUCCCCGAGUCGCCCCGUUGGCUCAUCUCCAAAGGCAAGCCCAACGAGGCCAAGGCCAUCCUUGCCAAGUACCAUGCCGAGGGCAACCUCGACGACGAGCUUGUCAAUGUCGAGUUCGACGAGAUCUCGCAGACCAUUGCCCUCGAGCAGGAGUACGAGCGCAACGCCUGGUCUGAGCUGUGGUCUACUCCCGGCAACCGCCACCGUCUCAUCAUUCUCGUCUCCAUUGGUUUCUUCUCGCAGUGGAGUGGCAACGGUAUCGUGUCGUACUACCUUCCCCAGGUGCUUGAUCUUAUUGGCGUCACCAACCAGACCACGCAGCUCGAGAUCAACGGCUACCUGUCGAUUGUCCAGCUCGUGUCGGCCGUCACCAUCUGCUUCUUCGUCGACAAGGUCGGCCGUCGCCCGCUCUUCCUGACGUCCUGCGUCGGCAUGCUUUUGACCUUCAUCUCCACCACGAUCGGUCUGGCGCGCUACGAUGCCCAAGCCAACAACGCCUCCGCCAACACCGUCAUUGUCUUCAUCUUCAUCUACUACAUCUUCUACAACCUUGGUUUCUGCGGUCUGCUCGUCUCCUACUCGGCCGAGAUUCUGCCCUACCGCAUCCGCGCCAAGGGUCUCACCGUCAUGUUCUUCUGCGUCGACCUGUCGCUCUGGUUCAACCAGUACGUCAACCCUGUGGCGCUCGGCAACAUCCAGUGGAAGUACUACCUGGUGUACGUCGUCUGGCUCGCCGUCGAGUUUGUUGUCGUCUACUUCUUCUACAUUGAGACCAAGAACACGCCCCUCGAGGAGAUUGUCAAGCACUUCGAUGGCGACACGGCCGUCUACGGCGGCGACGAUGCCACCGCCAAGGCCCGCCACCUGGCUGGCGAGGACGAUGUGCCCGCCGAGGCCACGACCACCGUCACCUCCAACGAGAAGACGGCCACCGAGCAGGUCAACUAA